GGAAUAACAGCGCAACACGAUUUUGAAAAUUUUCUAAGCGAGCAUUUAGAAUGUUUAAUAUGGAAAUAUGACUCAUAUUUUGAAAACGCUUAAAUUUGUCUGACCGAACAAUAUCUACAAAAGUGGAAAUAUUAGGUGAAAUUGUGGCGCCAGCUCUAUUUUGUCUAAAAUCGACUUGUGCGUUUUUGUUUUUACUGAGGUCAUAAAAAUAGUUGUUAGGGUUGUAUGAAUAGCACAUGUUGAACUGUUAAAGGAUUGCCUUGGUAACAUUCAUAACUAAUGCAAUAACAAAAGGCCAAUCAACAUUGUUUGUCAUGCAAUUCCAACAUUAUUUUAUUUGUUUGAUUCGUUAAUAGGUAAUCGUGAGUAGUUGUUGCAGAAUGGAGGACUAUGCACCUAGUCGUUACAAAAUGUUAGAGAAGAUUGGCGAAGGAGUGCAUGGCUACGUUUUUAAAGCCAUCGAUCUGCAACGACAAAAACCGGUAGCUAUUAAAAAGGUUGCAUUGAAAAAUAAAUUUGGAAAUAUUUCGCUCAACACUCUGCGCGAAAUAAAAACAUUGCAACUGUGUCAAUCGGAAUAUAUAGUAUCAAUUAUUGACAUAUACCCAGACUUAACCGGUCUCUCGUUGGUACUAGAAUAUAUGCCAGAAACCUUAUAUGGGAAAUUGCGAAACGAAAUCAAUCCACUAAGUAGACAACAAAUUCGUAAAUUCACAUUAAUGAUGCUCAAGGGAAUCGAAUAUCUGCACAACAUGGGCAUUAUGCAUAGAGAUAUAAAACCAGCGAAUCUUCUUAUAAGCGAAGAUGAAAAACUUAAAAUUGCUGAUUUUGGUUUGGCACGUUUACAUUUUCCAAAAGAUGAGAAUAAGUUAUAUUCACCACAAGUCUCUACUCGCUGGUAUAGAGCUCCGGAAAUCCUGUGGGGCAGUCAAAAGUAUGGUCCAGCUGUGGAUAUGUGGGCUGCCGGAUGUGUUUUUGCAGAAAUGCUGAGAGGAGUGCCACUAUUUUCGGGCGCAACUGAUAUCGAGCAAUUGGCUCUCGUAAUAAGGACAUUAGGUAGCCCCAGACUAAAUGAGUGGCCAGAUAUUAAUUUAUUACCAGAUUACGACAAAAUUCGAUUCCCAAAGGCAAUUGGGGUUCACUGGGAUAACCUGUUUCCUAGCUGUACACAUGCAGUUGAAAUUAAUUUGGUAUCGAACUUAGUAGUGUAUAAUCCGAAGAACCGUCUAACAGCGUCCGAGGCAUUAAAUCAUGAUUACUUCCAAUGAGCUCAGAAUGAAAUGUAUCGUAGUAAAUAGCGCAUAUAUGUAUGUAUGUAAAUGUACUAGUAUUAUGUAUAUUUCGUAGAUAUUCAAAGAUAUGCAAGUUUCUAAAUUGUGCAGAUUGAAUAAAAAUAAUUUUUUUUGCAAAGUAAUAUUUAAA